CCGCGUUCUUCUUCCCAACUUAUCUCCAUUAAUUUCGGCUCUCUCAUUCUUUGAACUCUACCAACUACUAUCCAACAUACAACGAUCAUCAAACUCGAUACAACAGAGCAACAUAACACAACACAUAUAUCAAAAAUGUUUUCAGUGAGAACAGCUUUCCGCGCCGCGAACUCCCUGUCCGCCCGAACGGGCCUGCGCUCCGCCGCUCCCAUCCGGUCGCCGGCAUCUCUGGGUGCAUCUGCGCCUGCCCGACGAUCCUACCAUGAGAAGGUCAUCGACCACUACAGCAACCCUCGCAACGCGGGAUCGUUGAACAGGAAAGAUCCCAAUGUGGGCAGUGGUCUGGUCGGUGCUCCGGCAUGCGGUGAUGUGAUCAGAUUGGAUAUCCAGGUCGAUGAGAAGACGGGCAACAUUACGGAGGCGCGAUUCAAGACUUUCGGGUGUGGUUCGGCCAUUGCCAGCUCAAGUUACCUGACGACGCUGUUGAAGGGAAAGUCUCUGGAAGAAGCCGCUAAGAUCAAGAACACCGAUAUCUCCUCUGAGCUGUGCCUGCCCCCCGUCAAGCUGCAUUGCUCUCUUCUCGCUGAGGAUGCCAUCAAGGCCGCUCUCAAGGACUACGAAUCGAAGAGAGCCGGUGCUGCCACGACCAACCUCGCUGGUACGGCCAAGGCUUUCGACAAGGAAUCCGUCGCUCAGGCCGCCGCCCAGGCGUAAAUGGGAGGAAUUCAAUGAAUUAGUUUCUUUCCAGUCUUAAGCAAAAGUCCCAUUUGUUCUCGCUGCAGGCUGGGUAUGCGGAUUGUGUUUCGAAGUCGAGACUGCAAAGAGAAUGUGCAUUAUGAUGUGAUACCUUGACCUGCAUUCUGUUUCCGUUUUCAUAUGGGUGCUUUCUUUCCAUGUGCAUCAAUCAGUUAUUUCCUGAUCCUAGGGGUUUCCUUUGUGUUUUACUGUCCUUCAUUAGGGGGUGGCGGGAGUUCUAAAUUGUCUUUUUCGAAUAUAUUUAUGUAUGAAAUAUAACUUGAACAAAAAUAAUACAUUUUGAAAUGUCGAACUUCUCCA